AUGAACGACGACAAUUCCAAUGUACUCGACAUUCACGUUCCACCACGGCCAGCGUUCAAUGUGGACACUCUUCAAGAACAGAUCGGGGUGCUCGAUGUCUACAGUGAAACAAGGAACCAUGGGGGGGCGUUGACUUCGGUGGAUGCGAUGAUAGCCAUGGUGCAAAACGACAUUCUGACGACGACAUGUUUGGAGCGUGCUUUGGCCCGAGCACUUGGAGGAGACACAGCAGCAGCCUUGAAGGAGAUAGACGUGGUGAUCCAGCAACAGCCUACGCUUGUCAAAGCCUACAUUUAUGCAAUACGAAUCGCGUGUUUAAACGAUCUCAGACGGGGAUGGUUAUACUAUCAUCAGGGGAAUGACAAAGUGGCUCGACAUGUGCCUGAAUUCGAUACCUUCUCGAUGAUUGGAGAGGCUUUGGCAGCUACGAUUAUGAAGCAGAAUAGUUGGAGACUUCCUUACGACGUCGUGGCAACCAUUGUUGAGCUGCUGUCAUUCGACGAUCGGAUCAAUUUCGCUCAUACCUGCACCUAUUGGAAGGAUUUCAUACUCACUUGCCCUCAAGCCUGGAGAAGACUACAUUUCAAACCUGGAACGGAGACAAAGUGGGGUGCUUGGCUCAAGAAGCAUUCGGCUACAAUGGAACCCUACAUCCGCCAUGUCAUUAUCGGUGAUCAGCAGGUGUUCAGCAACUUUGUUAUACACAUGAAUCAUCUCGAGACGUUAGAGAUUAGUGACUUGCCCAAGGAUAUGGGAUGGUUCUACGGUGAUAAUAUAUGGCGGGACGGCGUGAUUCGCGACUUCUUCAAUACACGAGUACCAAGGAAGAAGAAACAGCUGGAAUCUUUCAGAACUAGUGGUGUAAGUCGUAUCAUCCACAGGUCAAUAUCGGAUAUCCUCACCCUGAAUCCCGAGCUCAAGACACUGUCGGUGGUUACCGGUUCUUAUGCACAGCGUGAACACCAUCCAUCAAUUGCAAUCAAAACAGCAGCUACACUCUUCCUCAGGGAACUAUCAAUAUUAUAUGCAGAUCCCGAUGCUCAGGGCCUUGCUUCCAUCCUUGAAAGGUCACCCAAUCUCGAGUCUCUUGUAUAUAUCACCAAAGCACGUCAUCCACAAUCCUUUGAGAUUUUACAUUCCAAGUGUGAACAUGUUGCGAGCACCAUCAACAAGCAUUGUCCAAGGAUCAAGAGCCUAUGUUAUUUGCGAGAUGAUGUAUCAUGCUGGAACACGUUUGCCAAGGAAGCUGCUGCUGGACAAGACAUCCUUGCCUAUUAUGACAUGUCUGAUACCAAAGCUGAAGACCAUCUUCUUGACUUUGCCAAGCGACAUCAAGAUACCUUGAAAGCCAUCAUCAUUGAUCUCAAAUAUACCCUCCCAACCUCUUAUUUUGUUCAUUUCCUCCUCCACACUACACUGCCCCGGCUCACUUCACUGUACAUUCGAGGAAGAUUUGAAUCGACAGCAUCAUUGGCUACCGCCGACACCCGUUUCUACCUUAGCUAUUCAAAAGUUGCAAACAUGAUUCAACGACAUUCAAAACUAAGACAUGUGAGACUUGAAAAGGCGUGUGAAUUGGAAAAGCCGGUGUUACAGGCCAUAUCCCGGUUAAAUCAACUUGAGGAAGUGUCACUCGGCUUCUUUUAUGUAUCGCUCGCGGAUCGCAUGGAUGAUCUAUCGAUGUUAUUGGAUAAAACACAAGCAACACUCAAACGCUUUCACCUGCAUGUUGGCAUCAGCAAUCUCAACACACAUCAUAUCUUCAACCUUGUGGAUAAAUAUGAUCAAUUGACACAUUUGACAUGCGGCACAAACCUCAACCUGAUGCUGGAUGGUAUCACUGAUUUCGUUCGCAUGGGAUCCAGCACCUUUUCUCCACCAAAGCGGUCGCGACAAUUGACCUCCUUGAGACUAUUGGCACCAUCAGGCAACUUGAACUACAUGGCAUUUGAACCCAUAUCCGAUUUGGCUUUACUCCCAAACCUCAAAAACCUGGAGAUCACACAUAUGGCUGGUCAACGACUCUCUGCUACACUGAUGGGUGCAUUGGUCAGGCCUCGUCCCGAUUUAACAGCACGAGUCACCUCUGGCGGUCAAGUCUAUAUCUAUCCGAGUACAGCGGAUCCUUUCGUAUAA